UCAGCGGAUGGAGGGCGGGAUCAAACGGACACACGAGUAUAAUUAGCGUAUCUGAGUGGAGAGGCACACAAGACCCUAAGAGGAGACAAGAACCGGGAUUGACAUAAAACCACAGCUUGAGGCUCAGAGCCGAAGCAUCCCCACACAGACGGACGUGACCUGGAUGGGAGCAGUUAAUCAAACACCUCAAGACCGUAGACUUACAUAGAAAGGACUAUUUCGGAGGACCUGUUGGACUGUAGCGGAUCAUCAUGUCUCCAGCUUCUCUUCUCACUGCGCUUUUCACCCUGACCGUCAUGGUGGAGUCUUCUCCAGCCGGAUCACUGGUCCCACAGUCAGAAGUACCUCAGGGCCUCCAUCGGGGGGCGAUGUCCUCUGACUGUCCGUCUUGCACCCUAGCCCAAGUGAGAAAGAACUCGUCAUCAUUUGGCGGGUCAAGCGACAUGGUGGACGCGGUGAAACGUCACAUUCUCAACAUGCUGCACCUUAGCGCACGACCCAACCUGACCCAGCCUGUUCCUCGGGCCGCUCUUCUCAAUGCCAUCAAGAAGCUACAUGUUGGCCGUGUGGCCAGCGACGGCAGCGUGGACAUCCAAGGCGAGGGUAGGGAUCCCGAGGCCUCAGUGCCAGCCGAGGUCAUCACCUUCGCAGAACCGGGAGACUCGUUGGACACCUUAAACUUCGAGCUUUCCAAGGAAGGAAGCAGAGAAACGGUGGUGGAGCAAGCAAACGUUUGGAUCUUCCUGAAGUUGUCCAAGGGAAAUCGGGCCAAAGGCAAAGUGAAGCUGCAGCUUCAUCAUGCGGAUGGAGACAUGUGCAUUUCAGAGAAAAUGGUGGACACGCGUCGCAGCGGCUGGCACACGCUCGCCAUUCCGCGUUCAGUUCAGUCCACACUGGAUCGAGGUGACAGUGGACUUCGUCUUCGGCUGUCCUGUCCUCUGUGCGCCGAGGUUGGCGCCACACCUGUUCUGCUCCCUCCUGCCAGCGAGCAAGCCAAAGAACAAUCCCACCGGCCCUUCCUCAUGGUAGCGCUACGAGCCAGAGAGGAAGUCGCUCGGCGUCGCGGCACUCGAAGUUUGGAGUGUGAUGACAAAAUUGGAAUGUGCUGCAAACGACAGUUUUAUGUAAGUUUUAAAGACAUCGGUUGGAGCGACUGGAUUAUCGCGCCAUCUGGUUACCAUGCCAACUACUGUGAGGGAGACUGUCCGAACCACAUGGCAAGCAUUGGCGGCUCCUUCCACUCCACCAUCAUCAACCAGUACCGCAUGAGGGGCUAUGGCCCACUCCAGAACAUCAAGUCAUGCUGCGUGCCCACGCAACUGCGGGCGAUGUCGAUGCUGUAUUACGACGCCGAGCAGAAGAUCGUCAAAAAAGACGUACACAAUAUGAUCGUGGAGCAAUGUGGAUGCUCAUGAAUAGAUGCCUCGUCAGCACUAGGCGGGUCAAAUGUACAAUUUGAUCAAAUAUUUAUGUUGGCUGGACAAAAGUCUUUAAUUUGACUCUUUUCCACAUUGGAAAGAAACAAGAAGCACACAAUCAAAGUAGGAGAGUGAUGCCUGAUGGCAAUGAUGACAUUAUGGCAUUUUAUUUCUACUUUGUGUCAAAGUGUCUUUGUCAGAUGGUCAAUGGACACAAGAUGAUCGACUAUAUUGAGCCUGAAACUUGACUGUGAUGCUGCAGUUCAGAAGAAGCUAACAGUUGGCUAG